AUGAGUGACGAUGACGGUAUGCUGUUGAAUUUCGAUACAAGUGGUGGUACGGAGGAGAGAAAGUCUGCCAAGGUGACAGGCGGCAGGUGGAAAGAUAGACGUAAGUUGAGAAUGAUGAUGGAUGGCAAGGCUCCAAGCAAGAGAAGAAGAGUAGAGCAGGGGGAUGAGGGAAGAGAGCAAACUAAGCGCAGAACAGAGAAAGAGCCAUCGGCAGUGAAUACUGCAGCACAGGAGAUUAAGAAGGCUGCCCCAGUGGCCAACGCUCAGAUAGUUUCGUCUCUUUUCACUUCGAACCGUGAGAUUUCAACUUCUGUAAAUACAAAUGCACAUGAUGAAGAUGCGGUAAAGAAACCUUCGAACGCCCCGCUUUCAAUGGAAACCUUUGAGUCUCUUGGAGUCCAAGAGAUGUUGGUCAGUCAUUUGAAGGACAAGAUGAGGAUUCAAAAACCAACGAGUAUUCAGAAGUUGGUGUUCUCACACAUGCUCCUAUCUGGAAAAAGUGCAGACGGUGAUUUGUUCAUCAAUGCGCAAACUGGGUCCGGUAAGACACUUGCGUAUCUGCUGCCAAUAGUGUCCCGAAUUUUGCGUAUGAACGUCAGGGUCGAUAGAAAAUCAGGGUGUUUCGCAUUAAUCGUAGCACCUACUCGUGAGUUGGCCUCACAGAUUUACUCUGUGGCAUCGAUGCUCACCAAUUGUUGUCAUUACCUAGUUCCAUGCCUGUUAAUCGGUGGAGAGCGUAAGAAAUCCGAAAAGGCAAGGCUAAGAAAGGGUUGUAAUUUUAUUAUUGGUACUCCAGGUCGUAUACUGGAUCAUUUACAGAAUACCAAGGUGAUCCGUGAACAGUUGAGUCACUCGUUGAGAUAUUUUGUGAUGGAUGAAGGUGAUAAGCUGAUGGAACUCGGUUUUGAAGAGACUAUUAGAGAUAUCUUGAAUAUCAUCCAUGAGGUCCCAGUCAACACAGAGCGAUUCCCUCAAUUGCCCACUAGAAUCGUACACAUUUUGUGUAGUGCCACUAUGCAGAAUGGAGCGGCUAAGUUAGGAGACGUCGCUCUGCAGAAUUACAAACUGAUAAGCAGCCGUAAGAUUGAAAACGAUGAUGCCAUCACUGAAGCACCAGAACAAUUGUUACAGAAGAUUGUUGUUGUUCCACCAAAGCUACGACUUGUCACAUUGGCAGCUGAGCUAGAUGAAAUCCAUAGGAAACAUAAACAACUACAAGAUGGUGUCACCUCAAGAACCAUGGUCUUUUUAUCCUGUUCCGACAGUGUUGAGUUCCAUCACGAAACGUUUUCAACAAAUGAUUUGUACCAUCGUAACCUGGUAGGUGAAAGUGUAAGGCUGCUGGAUAAAGGUAAUAACAUACUGCCAAGUUUUAAGAGUGAUGAAGAGCCAGGUGUGAUUUUUUACAAAUUGCAUGGUUCUCUAUCGCAACCAAUCAGAACAUCAACGUUAGAAUCUUUUGCCAAGGACACCCCCACUACAAAAGGUAAACAUCUCAUCAUGUUCUGUACAGAUGUGGCAAGUAGAGGUCUGGAUCUUCCUCAUGUUGGUACUGUGCUCGAAGUAGAUCCACCAUUCUCGACCGAGGACCAUCUUCACAGAGUUGGUCGUACCGCUCGUGCUGGCCAGGGCGGUGAAGCCUUACUGUUCCUACUUCCCGGUGAAGAAGAGGGCUACCUGGGCAAGAUCAAAUCAUAUCACCCCAAGGGAUGGAAAUUACUCAAGUACGACGACGAUUUGCUAAAACCGGCAUUUGAGCAGGUGAAUGUCAGGAGAAGUGACAAGGACGACAAGCAAGAUGAUACUGUCCUUGAAUGGGACACCAAUGCUACAACAUGGCAUUUAAACGUCGAAAGACGUGUUCUUGAAGACUCUAAUUUCAAAUCACUAGCCAUCAAGGCCUUUACAAGCCACAUCCGAGCCUACGCGACCCAUAUCUCAGAAGAGAAACCUUUCUUUAACAUUAAGUUUCUCCACCUGGGUCAUUUGGCCAAGAGUUUUGGUUUAAGGGAGAGACCUAAAGGUAUUGGUGCUCAACAUUCGAAGGACAGAGACUCGGUCAAGAAGCCCAAGGAGAAUUCCAAGAACAAGAUGUUCCGUCUAGCGCGUAUGGCUGUCAAGGAGAGUGCCAGCGAGUUUAAUUAUUGA